UGCCGCGCCGUGCUCAGCCCCCCGCCCGGCCUCGAGGUCUCCCUACGCUGCAGCGGGAGUCCCGGAGGCGGCUCGGCAGGGCAAUAUCAGCAGGUAAAUGUCCCUGAAGAUCAAGCAGAUAAGUUGCUCCUUGCAAGCUGGGGUCUUCCUAAGGCAGUCUUGGAGAAAUAUCAUAAUCUGGGAGUAGUACAGAUGUUUGAAUGGCAAGCAGAGUGCCUAAUGCUCGGACAAGUUCUGGAAGGGAAGAACCUGGUUUACUCAGCUCCUACCAGUGCUGGAAAGACUCUUGUUGCAGAAUUGCUCAUUUUGAAGCGAGUCUUAGAGACUCGUAAGAAAGCUCUUUUCAUCCUUCCCUUUGUCUCUGUGGCUAAAGAGAAGAAAUGUUAUCUGCAGGCCCUAUUUCAGGAGGUGGAUGUGAGAGUUGAAGGCUACAUGGGAAGCAUCUCUCCUGCUGGACGUUUCUCCUCGCUGGAUGUUGCUGUCUGCACCAUUGAGAAAGCCAAUGGUCUAAUCAAUAGGCUAAUAGAAGAAAACCAAAUGGACUCAUUGGGAGUGGUGGUUGUGGAUGAGUUGCAUAUGCUUGGAGACUCUCAUCGAGGAUAUCUGUUGGAACUCCUUCUGACCAAAGUUCGAUACAUUACAGAGAAAGCUGCAAAAAGAAAGGCAAAGAUGACAAGUCCUGGUUUUGGAGGAAUACAGGUAGUAGGCAUGAGUGCUACCCUCCCUAACUUGGGACUCCUAGCCUCAUGGUUAGAUGCGGAAUUGUACUGUACAGAUUUUCGCCCUGUGCCCCUCAAGGAAUGGGUGAAAAUUGGCAACAACAUUUAUGACUCUUCCAUGAAUUUGGUGCGAGAAUUCCAGCCCAAACUUCAACUGAAGGGAGAUGAAGACCAUGUUGUGAGCCUGUGCUACGAGACUGUUUGUGAUGGCCACUCAGUCCUUCUAUUCUGUCCAUCUAAGAAUUGGUGUGAGAAGCUGGCAGACAUCAUUGCCAGGGAAUUCUACAGUUUACAACAGGCGGAAAGUUCUGCAAAAAACUCAUCCCUUUCCCCAGUUGUUGUGGACAGAGAAGGUAUAGAUGAGGUCCUGGAUCAGCUAAAGCGCUCUCUCUCAGGUCUGGACUCCGUGCUCCAGCGUACCUUACCGUGGGGAGUGGCAUUUCAUCAUGCAGGUCUUACAUUUGAUGAACGGGACGUCAUUGAAGGAGCCUUUCGCCGGGGCGUGAUUCGAGUUCUAGCAGCAACAUCCACACUGUCCUCUGGAGUGAAUUUGCCUGCACGCAGAGUAAUUAUACGAACUCCUAUGUUUGGUGGCACACUUCUGGAUGUUCUCACUUAUAAACAGAUGGCUGGAAGGGCUGGCAGGAAAGGAGUAGACACAGAGGGUGAGAGCAUUUUGGUUUGCAAGCCAUCAGAAAGAUCAAAAGGAGCUGCUCUACUUCAGGGAUCUCUCAAGCCUGUUUGCAGUUGUUUGCUUAGAAGAGAAGGGGAAGGUGUUGCUUCUAGCAUGAAAAGAGCAAUACUUGAGAUCAUUGUGAGUGGAGUUGCCAGCACUCCAGAUGAUGUGCAGACCUAUGCCUCUUGCACUCUUCUUGCAUCCAGCUUGAAAGAGAACAAGCGAGAAAAUGAGAAAGAACAAGACAAAGUGCAGAAAGGACCUAUUGAGGCUUGUAUAGCAUGGCUGCUGGAGAAUGAAUUCAUUCAGAUUCUGGAAUGUGCAAAUGAUAAGAAAGCAAAGAUUUUUCACCCAACACAUCUUGGCUCUGCUACUCUUUCAUCUUCUCUUUCACCAACGGAAGCAAUGGAAAUUUUUUCCGACCUACAGCGAGCUAUGAAAAGCUUUGUCUUGGAGAAUGAUCUGCAUAUUGUCUAUCUGGUCACCCCACUGUACGAGGAUUGGACCACAAUUGAUUGGUACCAGUUUUUCUGCUUAUGGGAGAAGCUGCCUGCCUCAAUGAAGCGUGUGGCUGAGCUGGUGGGGAUUGAAGAAGGCUUUCUGGCUCGCUCUGUAAAAGGCAAAAUUACAGCUAAAACAGAAAAACAGUACAGACAAAUGGCCAUCCACAAAAGAUUUUUCACCAGUCUUGCCCUCCUGGAUUUGAUCAGUGAAGUUCCCUUAAAAGAUAUGACCAAGAAAUAUGGUUGUAGUCGUGGCCAACUUCAGUCCUUACAGCAGUCUGCUGCCACAUAUGCAGGCAUGGUAACAGUUUUCUGUAAUCGAUUGGGUUGGCACAACAUGGAGCUGUUGCUCUCCCAGUUCCAGAGCCGCCUCACUUUUGGGGUUCACAGGGAGCUUUGUGACCUGGUACGAGUCUCUCUGCUGAAUGCACAGCGUGCAAGGAUGCUUUACAACGCUGGCUUUGUCACAGUUGCUGAUCUUGCUAAAGCCAGUCCUGGUGAUGUGGCAACUGCUCUGCAGAAUUCAGUACCAUUCAAAAGUGGUCGCAGGGCUGUGGAUGAAGAUGAAGAAUCGGUAGAGGAGCGUCGGACUGUGCGCAGCAUCUGGAUGGCUGGAAUGAAGGGCUUAACAGAAAGUGAAGCAGCUUCCCUCAUUGUGGAGGAAGCCAGGGAACUUCUUCAGCAGGACUUGGCAGCGAUGGGAGUGCAGUGGAACCCAGAGUCUUUUCUUGAGGCAUCAUCUAUGAUCAGCAGUGAGUCAGAGAUGGAAGACAGACUACAUAAGCCAGUUGGAGAGCUAUCUUCUGAAUCUUCUGUGAUGUUAAACAAAAAAGAGUGUGGAGUUCAGAAUCACAAAGGCCUUGGCUCUCAGGCUGGAAACAUAUCAGAUAUUAAAAAGGGAUAUAAAAGGCGGCUAAGCAGUAGUACAGCAUGCUCUAGAUUUGAGAGUGAAGUCACAUACAGGAAACAGGCUCAAGCAGAUGAAAGAAAUGGUGAUACUGCGCACAGUGCUAGAAAACGGCCCAAUAUGAGCAGAGACAAUGAAAACGUGGAAGGAAUUGUUAGGGUAAAAAAUAAGGCAGAUUCCGAAAGUGUAAGUCCAGAACUCCAUACUGAGCAAAGAAAGACACCAGCAUUAGCAAAAAUGUCUUCAGCCUCUAGAUUGUUAAGAAGUGAGGACACACAUUUAAACCGGACUAGGAACAAAAACACUUCUUCAAAACUGCAGAAGUCACUGCUUGAAGAUUCAAGUACAGUUAUCAUGAACAUUAAAAAAUCUUCUGCUUUCCUCUCCAGCAUUUCUAAAGAUAACUUAUUUUCAGACCAAAACAAUAAGGAAUGUCCAGAAAAAGUGUCUGUAACUCAAAAGGUUUCAAAUUCUGUACAAGGAAAUGAGGGAAAAAAUGUAGGGAGAAAAGAUAAAUUGGAUAGUUUAUUUUCAGAACUUUCUAACUCCAAUGAAGGCAUGCCUAUGGAGAGAGCAGGUUUUCAGGCAACUGUUACAUUACAGAGUAUUCCACACAUCAACAAGGAGACAUAUGAUACUGUAGAAAGUAAAGUAAUACCUUCUAGGGCUAGAAUACAGAGAAAUAAAACUACUGCUAAUAAGUACAAUAAGAUCAAUAAAAUGCAAACAGAUGUGAGCUCUGCUGAGUUGAAGGUUGAUAAGCAGCAUACUGCUUUAGAUGCGGGUUAUUGUAAUGUAAACACUAACAGCUCUGGAAAUGUGUGUGUCCAUGAUGACAAUAGGAAACAGAAGUCUGCGUACUUAUGUCCCGGUGGUGAUAAAUUCCACUAUGCUCAGAUCCAGAAUGGUGGUAUAAAUGGGAACAAAAUACCCACUGGAAAAUUGUUACAAGCUGGAGCACUACAAAAAGGCUACGGUCAUCCUAAGGAUUUUAUGAAAGACUCUCUAGUAAAAUCCAGAGCUAUUUGUGAUGCAGAUGAUGUUCAGAAUUGUCCAUCCUCUGGUUUGAUUUGUGUCUCUACGGACUUUGAAGAUAGCUUCCAGUUGGAUACUCAGACCGAGAGGAUAAUAAAACAGGAGGCAGCAGCCGAAAUCACGCGACAGCAGGGAAUACAGGAUUCAGAACUGGCAGUAGUACCUCAGCAGGAAAUCUUCAUGAAACUAAGCACUUUGCAAUCUGGGAAUGCUACUGGGGAAAGGCUAGAUGCAACAGUAAGGACACUAGGCUUAUCAAGUAUUAUCACAACAAAUAAUGUUAUAAAAAACACAGAUCAGCACUGCAGUAACAAAAUUUUGGAGUCUGAAGACUUUAAUGUACAGCCUGUAGCAAAAGAAAUAGAAUUUGCACCUAUCCUUAAAGGAAGUGACUACUCAGUGACUGAUUCUCAGCUAAACAGUUUUCUACAGUAUUAUCAGACCCAAAAUUCAAUGAAAGGGGAGAGUGCUUCUAAAGGUCCCAAUAAUUCAACCUGCUCUCUUGAUAGGGAGUACUUUGUAGAAGAAGAAUACCAUCCUGUCAUGGAAACAAGCCUGAAUAUGAGUGAUGGCUUGUUGUUUGAUGAUAGCUUCAGUAAUGUCAUUGAUCUCUCAGCUGUGAACAACAUGGAAGCUGACAGAAAGGAACCUGAGGGAAGGCAGGGAGCUUCGCUUCCUGCAGGUGGUCUUUUGCAGAACCUAAGGCCUGUUCAGAAUAAAUCUGAUGCCAGUGACAAUCGGAGGGAGCAUGAGGAUCCAACACAGAAUAAUGAUGCAUCUCUAGUAUUCUCUGAUCUCAUAGCUGAAGUUUUAGAUCAUGCAAACUCCCCAACAUUUUUGGAAGAUUUUCCUUGUACAUCUCAUGGUCAGUCUAAAUUAAGAAACAUGGUGAUUUGUGAAAAUGAUUCCAAUCCAAAGGAUUUAGAAGUGGAUCAUGGUAAAAAGCUCCAGUGUGGCCAGCAAAUAUUAGAUAAGAAAACCCAUCCAUUAGUGUGGACUGACCACUCGUUUGAACUGAGUCCAGGACUUCAGGAUGUAUUAGACAAAUGGCCUACUCCUUCAGGCACUGAACUUGUUCAAGUAAAUGUAAGAAGCUCCUGUCUGAAAGGAAAUUUAGUUGCUUCAAUUGCUAAUCAAAAGCCAGAUGCAAUUUUUGAAUUUGAACGUCAUCAGCUAGAGCCUUUGCCUAAUUGUCAGGAUUUAAAAGACUAUUGCAAAGUUAAAGAAAACAAAACAAAAGACUUGGAUAUUCAGAAAUCAGACUGUGUAACGCUUAUCCUCAGGGGAAGCAACAGGACAUCCUAUCCUCCACCAGAUAACUGUAAUGGAUUUAUUCCUCCAACACCCCCCAAAGAACUUUUUCCAAAAAGUUCUGUAUCUUUCUCUGUGAAAUCUGCAAGGAAGAGACAGGUUUCCAGCAUGAAUGAAGAGCAACUGGUUCUGCCACAGCACAAUUGCAAGAGUGACGCAGAGCAGCAGGCAGUUGAGAGGGUAGCUUCAACUGAGGCUGAUGAGAUAAAAGAUGAUUCCACCACUAUAGACAAAGACUUUUCACUGCAGCUGUCUCAGGAUGUUUUUCCACUCACUCCCUCAAGUGAAGGGUUCACUAUUGUUGAUGUAGCAGGUGACAAAACACUUUUCCAGACUUUUCUUGCAGAAUGGAAGGAGAAAAGCAGAUUCUCCAUCUCAGUGGCAUGUGAAAGAAGAAAAGGUCUCUUGUCAACCAAAUCAACAAUUGGUGGCAGAUUCAAACAAGGAAAUUCUCCCCAGUGGAUGCAGGUCAAAGAUGAUGGAUUUCCUGUCCAACACUGUGAAGAUAUCUUGGUAGUUGGACUGGCAGUCUGUUGGGGUGGAAAAGAUGCCUACUAUAUAUCUUUGCAGCAGAUGCAAGACCAGACUGAAAUCAGUCCGAGUUUGGCACCACCACCUUUGGACAAAAACCUAUCUGUAACAGAGAGACUACAUCAUCUGCAGCUGUACCUGCAGGAGAAGCACGAGCGCUCAAUUGUCAUGUAUAACUUCAUUCAGCACUACAAAACCCUGCUGCUGGCUUGUGGCAUCUCCUUGGAAGGAAGUUUUGAGGACCCAAAGGUUGCUUGUUGGCUGCUUGAUUCUGGCUCCAGGGAACGUACCCUUCACAACAUGGUAACUAACUUUCUACCCAGUGAGCUACCUCUGCUGGAAGGGAUAAGCACUGGCCAGGGGGUGCAGAGCCUGGGGCUUAGCUCCAGUGAAGAUCAUUCUGGGCGGUACAGAGCAGCAAUAGAGUCUGUGCUCAUCUUCAAUGUCAUGAACCAACUCCAUAGUGAACUACGGAAGGAAAAUCUGACAGAUGUGUUUUCUAAAGUGGAGAUGCCUAACCAUUAUUGCUUGGCUCUGCUGGAGCUGAAUGGCAUUGGGUUUAGCACAGCAGCAUAUGAAACCCAGAAACAGGUCAUGCAAGCUAAACUAACUGAGAUUGAGACCAAGGCUUAUCAACUGGCAGGCCACAGUUUCUCCUUGACCAGCCCUGAUGACAUUGCAGAGGUUUUGUUCCUAGAGUUGAAGUUGCCACAAAAUGGAGAUGUGAAAGUUCAAGGGAACAAGAAAACUCUGGGUUAUACCAGAAGAACAACUAUUAAAGGAAACCGGGUUAGGUUGAGCAAGCAGUUCAGUACGACCAAGGAUGUUUUGGAGAAAUUAAAGACACUUCACCCAUUGCCAGGGCUCAUACUGGAAUGGAGAAGAAUCAACAAUGCCAUUUCUAAAGUGGUGUUUCCACUACAGAAGGAAAAACGAUUCAGUUCUGCUCUAGGAAUGGAAAGGAUAUAUCCAGUGUCACAGACUCACACAGCUACAGGUCGAGUAAGUUUUGCAGAGCCAAAUAUCCAGAAUGUGCCAAGAGAUUUUGAGAUUGAAAUGCCAAUUGUAGUUGAAGAAAGCCCACCCUUCAGGACCCAUGGAGGUGUUUAUUCUCGUGCUGUUUCCAGGGUCAGAGGUAGAAAGCAUUCCAGUGUUUUGCCUAACAGUGUAAAUACUUGGGCUGAAGACAGAGCUGAAGGAAGAGGAAUCCCAUUUUCUGUUAGCAUGCGGCAUGCCUUUGUUCCCUUCCCAGGUGGUUUUAUCUUGGCUGCUGAUUAUUGUCAGCUUGAAUUGAGGAUCCUUGCACAUUUGUCUCGUGACUGUCGACUUACUGAAGCCUUGAACAGGGGUACCGACGUCUUUAAGAGCAUCGCAGCAGAAUGGAAGAUGAUCGAUUCUGAAGCUGUUGGAGACAGCACCAGGCAACAAGCUAAGCAGAUUUGCUAUGGAAUCAUCUAUGGAAUAGGAGCAAAAUCUUUAGGCGAGCAGAUGGGCAUUGAUGACAAUGAAGCUGCCAAUUACAUCGAAUCCUUCAAAUCAAGAUACACAGGUAUUCAGAAAUUCUUGCAGGAGAUAGUAAGGAACUGCAGAAGAGAUGGGUUUGUGCAGACCAUACUGGGAAGACGGAGAUACCUGCCAGCUAUCAGAGAUUCAAAUCCCUACAGUAAAGCUCAUGCAGAGCGCCAGGCUGUGAACACAGCCGUUCAGGGAUCUGCUGCUGACAUUGUCAAAACAGCCACCGUGAACAUUCAGAGAUGCUUGGAAGCUCUCUUUUCUGUGAGCAAGUCCCAUGGACAUCGGGAGAACUCAUUCCAAAGAGAUAAGACAGGAAGGCUGUCAAGGAAGAGAAACAGAGAGAUGUUGCAUCCCAUCAGUGGAGGUUUCUUUAUCCUUCAGCUCCAUGAUGAGCUCCUCUAUGAAGUUGCAGAAGAUGAUGUGAUCCAGGUAGCUCAGAUUGUCAAGCAUGAGAUGGAAAAUGCUGUCAAACUUUCAGUAAAACUGAAUGUUAAAGUGAAAAUUGGACCUAGCUGGGGAGACCUGCAGGACCUGGAGCUGUAGAUGUGAAACAUGGCUUUCUUGUUUUUGGAAGACACCAUGAGCUGCUCAGGGCAACGUCCAGCACACCAGCAGGCAGCAGCAGGCCUCCUGCUUGUGUUUCUCUGGUCAUCACUGUGAACCAUCUUCUGAACCAAGAUGUGGAAGCUGCUAUGAAUUUAACAUGCUGAGCCUUCCAAAGGUCAGAUGGUGCUGAGACACAUUUAUGGAACUGUGAAGAUUAUUAAUUGCUAAAAGCACAGUAUUUAAGUUAAUUGUUGUUUUAAUUUAAAACAAAGCCUAAUGAAUUUACUACAUAUGAAAUGAACUAGAUUAUUUAAUUAAAACAAAGGUUAUUUGGAAGUUUUUAUCUGUAAUUGUGUACAGGACAAAAAAAUAAAAUAUCACUGUGUUUGUACUUUA